AUGUCUAACAACAAUAUAAACAACACUAUUUAUGAUAUUUCCACCAUUCAACAAGUCUUGAUCAACUCACCUUUGGAAGGAAUCAAGAUGCUUCCUUUGAAUUCGACAAUAUUAGUAAAAGCUAGUGAAUGGGAAAAGUGUCUGGAGCAAAUAAAUGUCUUAUGCUCAACAAAAUGGAAUAAAAAGCAUAAAUAUUCUGGAAAAGGUUUAGUUUUUGAAGAGACUAAAAAAUGCCACCAUGCUGGCCAAUAUAUAACAAACUGCCAAUUACGUCUUGCCCAGAAAGAUACGAAGGCAUGCUCUUAUACAGCUGCCUUAAAAAUCAUACAGCAUCUCAACAACCCCAAUGUUGUUACAUUUUGCCAAACAAGGGCAUAUGUAAACCAUGUUUCUAGAGACUGGGACGAAGUCAGAACUCUUCCUUUGCCUUCUGAAGCCAUAAAGAUUAUUGAAGAUCAGUUAAAAAGUGGCAGCAGCUGUAUAAGUACAAGAAUUUCAGUUCUUAGACAGAUUGAUAGUUGGGGAGUUGGCGUUAGAAAGCCUAAUUAUGAAGAAAUUUAUAACAGAAUGAGAAAGAUGACUACUUUGUUAUAUAUGUUUGCUUCUGAUGAAAAUGCAUCUAUUUCCAUCUGGUUAAAUGUAAAGCUAGCAGAACAAAACUAUUGCAUUUUUGAAAUCAAUCUUUCUGUUUAUAAUGACGUGUUAAUCAUGAGAAUCUUGCAAUCUUUUUGUCUUGAUGCCACCCAUUCCAUUUCGUCCAAAAGCAACAAAGUAUUAUAUACUUCGGUCACUCGCCAUCCUCAAACAGGAAAGGGAUUCCCUGUUGCAUACAUGGUGACAAACAACCAGACAGCCAUACCUAUCAAACUUUGGCUUGACCACCUUCGAAUCAAGAGCAGCUUCGUACUAAUGAAUAUCACCAUUGACUGUAGCAUUAUGGAGGUUAAUGCAAUCAAAGAAGCAUUACCUCAUGCUACAAAUCACUACUGUGAUUUUCAUGUUCUUUAUGCUUGGCAGCACAACCUUGACAGCAAGAUUAAACUUAAUGCCUCUUAUACAUCAGAACAACUUAGGAAUUAUAAGACUGCACUGAAGAACUACCUGAGACACAUUCUCAUUGAGUCCAAUGAAGACAUGUUCCUAAGAGCAAUUGAAGAUUUUAAACUGAUGGUUCAGGAUCAACCUCAGUUUUUGAAAUAUUUUGAGAAGAAAUAG